AUGACUGCCUGGAAAUUGGCCGAUUCCAAGACUGGAUACGUAUUUAAUUCGGAACUGUAUAUUGGGAAUAAUCAAGCUAACGCCACACAGGUGACAGUUAUGAAUCUUUGUCAACCAAUCACAGGUAAGAAACAUCAUGUCUAUAUAGACAAUUAUUUUUCUUCUCCAGAUCUAUUUACCAGGCUAGCAGAUGAAGGUUUGGGUGCAUGCGGCAUUUUGAGAACAAACAGGAGAGGAACACCCAAUGCCAUUCAAAAUGCAAAUCCUGCCGUUGGUGAUUCUGCGUUUGAAAGAGACGGUAAGUUGCUCUUUAUUGCUUGGACGGACAAGAGAAAGGUAAGUGUCUUGAGUACAGUUCACAAUUCUAUGACAUUUGACAGGCAAGUGAGUGAAAGACGUGGACCAAAUCACCGUGUAAUCAACAAACCAUGCGCCAUCGAACUCUAUACUCAGUACAUGGGUGGAGUGGACCAAGCCGACAGGUUGAUAUGGACUUACCUGCAUAUUCACAAGAGCGUCAAAUGGUGGAAGAAGGUAUUCAUCUACCUUUUGGAGGUAAGCUUUGUAAAUGCUCUUAUUAUUUACAGAUGUUUUCGUCCAGAUGAACGUGUCAGAUUAGACAAACUGCGCCUUGAACUCAUUGAUAGUCUACUUGCCAACUAUGCACGUCCUUCCUCAAGGGCAGGGAGAAAAUCGCAAGCUCCACCCCGCCGGCUAACGGAACGUCAUUUUGUCUCGAUCAAUGAUGCAAAAACACCAGCUGGGAGACAAACCACGCCAGACUGUGUAGUGUGUUCGAAGAGAGGGGUAAAGCGUCACCAAACACCAUACAUGUGUAAGGAAUGCAACCAGCCGAUGUGUCCUGUGCCGUGCUUCCAGCGAUUCCACACACUUAUUGACUACAAAGCAGAAUGCACAAAGGAGUAUCACAAAUGA